GGUGUCUGUAUACAUGUUUUUGCACAACAUUUAAAUUAUACUGUAUGUGCUGCCAAUAUAAAAUCAAAGGUAAUUUAGGUGCACACAUAUUUUUCAGCAUAAAUAAACAGAAAAAUGUUUGCUUUUUUUGUAUCUUAUUGAUACCCUGAGUUGUUACAUUUAAGAUCCCACUGCAUCUUAAACGAAUAUGGGGCACUGCCUGUGUUAAAGGUACAUGUAUGAAGUAGACAACAUAUGUAUUAGACUAUAUGAAUAACACGGUAAAAUGUUCCUGUUGACUGCACCACAGCUCUGGAUUAUUGCACCAUGAUGACUAAGUUCCCCGGUAAGGGACAAGAGUCUGUGCAGCAACUAUCAUGUGGGCGGGACACAAUGAAGCAGGAAGUGUUUUAUAGCCACACUGGUUUGUCCUCAAACUAUGUGUUUGGAUCUUAUCUGUCAGGAGACUUUGUUUACAUGAGUGCCUGAAAGGUUUUAAUCUUCACAUUUUAAAGAUUGUUAGCGGUUUAUGCGAGCAGAAGUGCACUGUUGGAGAAGAUUUGAAGAUGUUUUUGUCAUUGGCUUCCGUCAUCUCUCUUUUGGCUGUCAUCUUUCCUGCUGCCCAUUGUGGGAAAGUCUUGGUGUUUCCGCAUGACGGCAGCCACUGGGUGAACAUGAGGGUCCUUGUUGAGGAGCUGCACUCAAGAGGACACACUGUGACUGUCAUCCGGCCUGCAGACAGCUGGUACAUCAGUGAUACGUCUCCACAUUACAAAACUGUCACAGUGGAUAUGGACGGUGGUGCGAAUGAAGAUUUUUUUCGCCUAUUUGUCUCUGAAGUUAUUAGAAUUAAACGAAGCAAGGAAUCUGCAUGGACACGUUUUGCCUUAGACAUGGAGUUAAAAGACAAGUUCUUUGAACUACACAAGAAAAUCUGUGAAAUGGUCAUUCACCUAUUUGAAAAUAAAGACUUAAUGAAGUCCAUUCAAGACACCAAGUACGAUGUGGUUUUGACUGACCCUGCAAACGGAGGAGGAGUAAUGCUGGCUCACUAUCUCAGAUUACCGCUAGUCUUUAAUGCUCGAUGGACUGUUCAUGGUGAAGCCCAUUUUGCAAUCGCACCCUCCCCGCUAUCAUACGUUCCCCUUCCACCGUCAGAAUUAUCAGAUAAAAUGACUUUCUUUGAGAGGGUCAAAAACAUUGUAUUUUACACCAUGAGGAUGCAUUUGUACAAACAGGUAGUUGGGCCGCAUUAUUCUGCAUUGGCAAGCCGCUACUUUGGCCCUGAUGUGGAUUACUUCUCUCUAUUUCAAGCUGCAGACCUGUGGCUGAUGAGAGUGGACUUUGUGUUUGAGUUUCCUCGUCCCACCAUGCCUAAUGUUGUCUACAUGGGAGGGUUCCAGUGCAAACCAGCAAAACCUCUCCCUGAACACCUGGAGGAGUUUGUGCAGAGUUCUGGAGAGCAUGGGGUCAUCAUCAUGUCUCUGGGGACUUUGAUUGGAGAGCUUCCCCAUGACCUCGCUGAUGAGAUCGCUGCAACGUUUGCUAAAUUACCCCAGAAAGUCAUCUGGAGAUAUAAAGGUGACAGACCAGCCACUCUGGGCAACAACACUCUGCUAGUAGACUGGAUGCCUCAGAAUGACCUUUUAGGACAUCCAAAUAUGAAACUAUUUGUCAGUCAUGGAGGAACCAAUGGCAUAUAUGAGGCCAUAUAUCAUGGCAUUCCUAUUGUAGGCAUUCCAAUUGUGUUUGAUCAAGCCGACAACCUCUCCAGACUGAGAGCGAAAGGCGUUGCAAAGGUUAUGGACGUUUCCGAAUUGGACAGCAAAACAUUUCAGGAUGCCAUCCAGGACGUCCUGAAUGAGCCCUCCUACAGGUUGAACAUGCAGAGACUCUCCAGGCUGCACAGAGAUCAGCCAAUGAAGCCGCUGGACACCGCCCUCUUCUGGAUAGAGUUUGUCAUGAGACACAAAGGUGCAGCUCACCUGAGAACAGAGUCCUACAGACUGCCCUGGUAUUCCUACCACUCUGUAGAUGUGAUUUUGUUCCUGACUGGAGCUGUGCUGCUCGUACUGUUCACUUUUUUCUUUGUCAUCAGGUUUUUGUGCACUAAAAUGUGUAAAUCUAAAGUGAAACGGGACUGAACAUUCACAGGAAAGACAUUGUGCGCAUUUUACGGAGAACACAUACAUAUGAAAAUAGAGACUGCCCUUGUUUUUUUACCACUCUGUAAAUGUGAUGCUCUUUUUGAAAAAAGAUUAAGGUAGCAAACAUAAUGACAUCUGAACAAAUCAAAUAAUGUUUUCCUAGCCAUUUUUACAAAAGAAUAACAUUUCCAAUUUGUUAAAAAGAUUGUUCUAAUUCAAGAAAAGAAAAGCCAACAAACAUUUAUAAACCAGUGCUUUAUACAACUUUAUUUUAUCAGCAAAGAAGAACCCGUGCUGAAUGUUGAGGGCUGUUUAUUUUUAGGUUUCACCAGAAAUGCUCCCGUUAUUGUUUAGAAACUCUGUGCUUUUGAAAAAACAAACAUGUCAUAACAUUAAGCAUUUCAUUAUUUUGAAAAAAAACUUUAACCUUUUAGGAGAAAUGUUUUCAAACUAUGUGGAUACUGUUCAUGAGUUUAUCUUUUUUAAUUAACUCACAAUGCUCUGGCUUGCUGUCUCUAAGCACCACCAGGCUUUUCGCAUUAAAUCAUUACACUAUUCUGCCACAUUGAACUUAAGAUUUUCCUUAUGCUUAAAUCCUUUAAAUGUUGUUACCUGCACGAUAUUUGUUUUGAUAGCUAAAUCUUGCUUCAUACCACAUUGGGUUACAUUCAUUCCAGUGUUGAUGAGGAACCUCUUUCAUUUUAGUCGGAUUUUCUGUGUUAAGAAUGAUUUUUUUUAUUUCAAAUGGAUGUAAACAUUUUGAAAACAAGUUAUUUUGAAUGGCUAUUUUCUACUACAGGAUUUCUCCUAACUUUUGGCUGGGGUGACAUGUACACUAUUAAAGACCCUACAUUUGACUUUUGAUAUUGCUAAAACCAUAAUUGUGAUGAAUAAACGAAUCAGUCCAAUUCCUAAUGUACCCUUCAUUCCAAUAUCAUUAUCAUUGCCAUUACCGAAAGCUUUAUCUUAACUUGAUGUAAGAGAAACACUUGAUACUUGGUAAUGAUUUGAAUGAAGAGGAGAUGUUUACUAUAGCAUUACACAAAGCAUUCAGAUGGGUUACAACAUGUUUAAAGUCAAUGUCAUUAUCAGUGUAAAGGACAGUAAGCUAGCUAAUCUUUACAUAACCAUUACAGGGUGUAGAUGUGGAGAUGUCCUUGCCUUGAUGUAACAAAGGAACAACUUGUUUUAUGAGAAAGCUGAUUGUGAUUUGUGUAUUUUGGACCUGGAACCACUUUAGUAGAUUUUCAAUUGUGUUUAAAUCUCAAUGUCCUAUUCUCGCUAAAGCUGUCCCUUAAUAAUUUAAUGUUGAACUGCCUCUGGAGACUUUUGAAAGUGAAAUCUACGUUACAAAAAAGAAAACUGCAUAUUUGCCAAAUGACCUCUGAAAGUCACACGGGUAAUAGGUCUCUCGACAAGAACAUGAACCAUCAUCUAAGCAGUUUUAUUGCUCAUGUAAGAAAGUAGUUUAGGAAAAUACUUAAAGAAUCCCAGCCUUGAUUUGUUGGUGAUGAAUAUGAUGCCCUGCUGUGUGGGGAGGGGAGCGGAUAAAUACAACAACUUCCUCAAGGCCAAACAGGAAGUCGUGAAUAAGCCCCUUCCACAGGAUGAACAUGCAGGGUCUCUGCCGAUUUCCACGCUUAAUUGGCUUAACUUGCACUUGGGCAAUAACAAAAAUACAAGUCAGAGCUACAGUACUGCUGUAUGUGUCGGUUAAGGCAGACAUACACAUCUCUAGGCGGUUGAGAUCUGCCAAUAACUCCAUCAAACCGCAGUCUCGUCUAGAGAAAGGCUUUCAUAAGGCGCACCUGCCAAACUAGAUCUGUCGAUGUAUUUCUCUGUACAUUUCAUGCUGUUUCUAGCACGUGUCUGGAUAUUUUUGCUCUUUUUUGUAUACGGCGCUUGUUUAAUUUGUGUAAGGCAUCGAGUGUCUGGCAAGCAUUAUAAGCCUCAAGUUAAAAGGAUACUCUAAAUGUUACCAUGCAUUGCUUUAAAUAAAUACAAAAUUCUGUUCUGUUC